AUGGACGCUAGCAGCAUCAAUCCUGGUCAGCAGAUCUUUGAGAAGACAAUCUCAGGAAUGUAUCUAGGAGAAAUUGCGAGACGAGUGCUACUUAAUAUGGCUGAAGAGGAUGAUUUGUUUGGAAGUUCUGUCUCUAAAAAACUCUCUAUGCCGUUCAUACUCGGGACUCCCGAUCUAUGUGCCAUGCAUCAGGAUGAUUCUGGCGAUUUAAAAACUAUCGGGUCUCUCCUCUAUGAUAAAGCAGGGGUUGAAUCCAAUCUAAGUGAAAGAAAAGCAGUUCUAGAGGUUUGCGACACAAUUGUAAAGCGAGGAGGUAGCUUAGCUGGUGCAGGAAUUGUAGGAAUUCUGCAAAAAAUGGAAGAGGACUCAAAAGGUGACAUCUUUGGAAAGAGAAGUGUUGUUGCCAUUGAUGGUGGUUUGUAUGAAAAUUAUCCUCAAUACAGGACUUACUUGCAAGAUUCAGUAAAGGAGUUGUUAGGGACAGAGAAAUCAAACAAUGUGGUCAUUGAACAUUCCAAAGAUGGUUCUGGUAUUGGAGGUGCUCUAUUGGCAGCUUCAAAUUCAAUGUACAAACAAGAUUGA